CAUACGUGUUUGUCUCUCUGCAGUGCUUCCACCUCUCACUCGGACCAUUCAGUACAUACAAAAUCUGCUUCAGUUGUGUCAUCGGAUUCGGUCUCCACCUCCACAGACAACUUUUCUCCAGAUUUGAGGGUCCUCAGGGAGUCUAAUAAAUUGGCUGAAAUGGAAGAACCUCCUUUGUUGCCAGGAGAGACCAUUAAAGAUAUGGCCAAAGAUGUGACUUACAUCUGCCCGUUCACUGGAGCUGUUAGAGGAACCCUGACAGUUACAAAUUACAGACUGUAUUUCAAAAGCAUGGAAAGGGACCCUCCGUUUGUCCUAGAUGCUUCUUUAGGUGUGAUUAACAGAGUGGAGAAAAUUGGAGGCGCUUCCAGUCGUGGUGAGAAUUCAUAUGGGCUGGAAAUUGUAUGCAAGGAUAUUCGAAACCUACGAUUUGCUCAUAAACCUGAGGGACGAAGUAGGCGAUCCAUAUUUGAGAACCUAAUGAAAUAUGCCUUUCCAGUAUCCAACAACUUGCCCCUUUUUGCAUUUGAAUACAGAGAAGUUUUCCCAGACAAUGGUUGGAAGGUGUACGACCCUAUUUUGGAGUACAGAAGACAGGGAAUUCCCAAUGAAAGCUGGAGAAUAACCAAGAUAAACGAGCGCUAUGAACUGUGUGACACAUACCCUGCCAUUCUAGUCGUGCCCGUAAAUAUUCCAGAUGAAGAAUUAAAGAAAGUAGCAUCUUUCAGAUCAAGGGGUCGCAUACCAGUUUUGUCAUGGAUUCAUCCAGAAAGCCAAGCUACGAUCACUCGCUGUAGCCAGCCGAUGGUUGGAGUGAGUGGAAAGCGAAGCAAGGAAGAUGAAAAGUAUCUUCAGUCCGUCAUGGAUUCCAAUGCUCAAUCUCAUAAAAUCUUCAUCUUUGAUGCAAGGCCUAGCGUUAAUGCUGUAGCCAAUAAGGCUAAAGGAGGGGGCUAUGAAAGUGAGGAUGCCUAUCAGAAUGCAGAAUUAGUUUUUUUGGACAUUCAUAAUAUUCAUGUUAUGAGAGAAUCAUUGAGAAAAUUGAAGGAGAUUGUAUAUCCUAACAUUGAGGAGACUCAUUGGCUGUCCAAUUUGGAAUCAACUCAUUGGCUGGAACAUAUCAAGCUAAUUCUUGCCGGUGCACUUCGGAUUGCUGAUAAGGUGGAGUCAGGGAAAACCUCCGUGGUUGUGCACUGCAGUGAUGGUUGGGACCGAACAGCUCAGCUCACUUCUUUGUCCAUGCUCAUUCUGGAUGGCUACUAUCGAACAAUACGGGGGUUUGAGGUGCUUGUGGAGAAGGAAUGGCUGAGCUUUGGGCACAGAUUUCAGCUGAGAGUUGGCCAUGGAGAUAAGAAUCAUGCAGAUGCAGACAGAUCUCCUGUUUUUCUCCAGUUCAUUGACUGUGUCUGGCAAAUGACAAGACAGUUUCCUACAGCAUUUGAAUUCAAUGACUGUUUCCUGAUAAUCAUUCUGGACCACCUGUACAGCUGCUUGUUUGGGACAUUCCUAUAUAGCAGUGAGCAGCAGAGAGUGAAGGAGAGCCUUCCAAAAAAGACUGUGUCACUGUGGUCUUACAUCAAUAGCCAACUUGAAGACUUCACUAAUCCCUUGUAUGUGUGCUACUCCAACCAUGUCUUGUAUCCUGUGGCCAGCAUGCGCCACCUAGAGCUUUGGGUGGGAUAUUACAUCAGAUGGAAUCCAAGGAUGAAAUCACAGGAGCCCGUCCACAGUCGAUAUAAGGAACUUCUUGCCAAACGGGCCGAGCUGCAGAAGAAAGUGGAGGAGCUUCAGAGGGAAAUUACCAACCGAUCAACCUCAUCCUCAGAGAGAGCUGGCUCUCCAGCACAGUGCGUCACUCCUGUACAGACAGUUGUAUAACACGGACUUCUGUUAAGUACUUCCUGGACCACCUGAUAAGGGCAGUCUUUCUAGUAGGAAACUCUUUGAAAUUUAAGUCCUGGUGUCUUGGAGACACCAACAAUCUUAUUUAUUACAUUUCUCUCCAGGGUAAUUUAUUAGUACUGUAGCACUAGUGGAAGCUUAAGCAAAAACAAAUGGGCAGACCCCUAUGCAAUCUCCUUGGUGGCUAAAACUAACUGUAUUUGCCACCUGAAAACAAAACCAGGAGCUCUCAGCAACAUAGCUGUUGGAAGUCAUUUUGCUUUGAAUGAGAGACUCUUGCACUGGAAGGAAGUAUUCAGUAAGGAAAAUAUCUACAGAGGAGGAGGAGUUUGAAAAUUCUCUACCUUAUUGAAAGGAAACAAAGAGACUGAAGUAGGAAAUCAAUCUACAGAACUCAUAUCUGACUCAAACAGAACAUAGCCAUUGAAUAAUUUGACUUAUCAGUGUACAUACAGCUGUCAGUUGAAUUGUUUUGCCAACAUAUCACUGAAAGACAAAUGGUGAUAGGACCUGAAUAAUAGAAUGCUUUUUGCUGUUCAGUUAGAUUGGCUCUUCCCCACCACUUUUAUACAUCCGAGCAAAUUAGGCCAAGUUUACUUCUGUUGUGAAAGUCGAACUUAAACUACGAAGUCUGUGUAUACCUAAUGCUGCAAAGUGAUGCCUUAUUUACAGGAAGGGCAGUUUCUACCUAUGGCAGUGGAUGAGCCCACCUCCCUAGUAUCCCUUAGCUUGUCCAUUCUGGGACAGUUUACAUUCACCCCCCUACCCCCCAGGAGUCAUAACUUAUUUUAAUUGAUUCAGUACUAUGAAGUAAAUAUUGAUUAACGAGGGGAUAGGAAACAGAUCCCCCACUAGUUUCUGCAGCUAUUUUUUUUCUAUGCCUCGUAUAUGAGAGGUGGCAAAAUACAGGAUAUAAAAUGUGGCAAGGGCAACACUUGCUGGGAUCAGCUCAAUUUCAUUUUGCUUAGGUAAGUGUAAACAGCUAUUUCCAUAUUGCAGUGUGGGAUUAUGAUGUAUUUAAAAUUCAAACUGACAGUUUUAUUUAUGUUAACAGUAAGUGCAUUGACCAAAGAAAGCUUCCUGCAUGUAUUACAAUCGCAACGUAAAAGUAGUGGUCAGUUGAUGGCAUUGUGUAGAUGCUAGUGUAAUAUUUCAGCACUAGUUAAAUACUUUACUCUGUAAGAGAAGAGUACAGUGUACUAGGAGCAAAGAAUCACUCUCACUGGCAUAAUGAUCAAUUAAACUUUAUCCAAAAAUCAA